AUAAACAUUUAAAAUUGAGGGUAGAUGAGAAGAAAUUGACAUAGCCGGUCUUCGAUAACAAUUUCUCAAAAGAAAAGUUUUGUUAAGAUUGUAUAAAUAAUUUGGUAAUUGUAAUUAAUAUUAAAAACAUCUUUUUUCAAUCAAACGAUGUUACCGUCAACUGAUCCUUAUAUAGACGUAGUAGAGCUAUGUGCACUCUUGCAAUGUCUAGGAUUUGGUAUAAAGUCCCUGGAUACGACCGACGGAAAUGUUAGCGAGGAAGGAACACGCACUGUUACUAUCAACUGCCAGGCGUCUGGAAUACAUGUAGUGCUGGAUAGUGCAAAUUUUAGUUGCUCAUGUCCGAGCUUCAUCAGUCAACAAAAUAGCGGAUUCUGGCAAGUAUCUGGAAUGACGGGAGGCAAGGAAUACAGCAAGGAAUGCGGCAGUGCCCUCCUUGGAUCUCUCCCGAAACCUCAUAGAGAACGGCUUACAAAGGAACUACAGGAUAUAGUGAGGUGUAUCAAAGAACAUAACGAAUCAGACGUAGAGAAGAAACAAGAAACAUUGGCCAAUAAAUCAGCCAGUAUGAUCGAGCUGAAGACUCCUGAGAAACGACAACAGCUGAAACCCGAAACGCCUACACGCUACCGCUCGCUGGACGCGCUCACCGCCAAGGACGACCAGCUGCCCGCGCCCGGACCUCUCACCAAGGACGAUGACAAAAAGUUACAGUACGUGUGUCAAAGACAAAGCACGUAUACUUUAUCCUCAACUCCAGAAUCGUCUAGAUUACGUAACAAGACUUCAAGCCCCAUUCCGAUGCUCUCGCAGUCUUUAAUUGACAAUUUAAUAGCAACGGAAAAACUUGCAGAAGAUCUCAGGAAAAAAAUAUCAAAUAUCAUCCACGAUUUCGUCGAGGACGCUAAACAUGAUAAUUCUAUGUCUUCCUUGGCUCUGGAUGUAUCUAAGAUUUCAACAUUAAAGGGUCCAGAAAGUUCUAAACAAUUCGCGUCCAGUCCUAAUCUAUCUGGUUUAGGAGUACACGAUGAUUACAUGAAAAGAUUCAGGCGUGUAGAAAGCGCUUCAACGUCAAAUUUGACAGCUAAACCGGCAGUGAAAGAGGGAAAGUUAUCCAAACUCAAAAGAAUAUCACCAAAUUUAUUUAAAUUUAAAAAUAGUCCUAGCGCUGUAAACAGACGGGACAAAAGUGAUGAUGUCAAAAGUAACAAAACAAACAGUUUAACGAAAUCAAAAAUAGCUACACCGGUGCGGGUAGCCGCGAGCACAGAAAAUAGUCCGAAUGUUAGCGGAUCGAGAAGGAAAUUUGGCCAGGUGAAGUCCACCAUACCGAGACUAGCUUCGAAGAAGGAGUAAAUAAUAUAAUAAUUUAAACAUUAACCAACUGUUUCGAUGGCAUGUUCUAAAAUAAAUACUAGUUAUGGUCA